AUGUCAACAACAGAGAACACAACAACUGCUAUCGUUCAUGAAGCUAUAAAUGAAGAAUACGAGUACAUACAGUUUAACAAACAACUCCGUCUCAUUCGUUCAGUCAAAGACGAUAUGUACCAAAUGCAAAGUAUUUUGAAUGCUCUUCGUUCUACAAAGCAAGCAUAUCAUUGGUUUGAAAACCAACAGACAAAAGAACUUUUAGAAGAAUUUCCUCAUAUGAUUGCUUCCCUCGGAAAACCGAGGGAAGAGAUUCCGUAUGAAAAUCGUGAAAAAUUGCCAAAUGGUUUGAGAGGAUAUUAUGUACAUAGACUUCUUGUAAAUGCUGUUGCAAUGUGGGCUUCGCCUCGUUAUGCUUGGAAUAUUUACAGACUUCUUGACGAAAUUCAUAGACAAGAACGUGAAGAGAUGGAAAAGAAACUUCAAGCAAAAGAUGAA